AUGUCGGCUCUCAAAACAGCUGCUGGCAGUUCACUACCCGUUCCUGUCAACAAGGGCCACUAUCAUAAUGAAAAGCCAGAAGCGGAAGAAGAGAGUCAUGAUCUAGACGUUUUAGACCUACAACUGAACGGGCUGCCGAGAGUGCAAGGCACUGGUACGGUUUUUGCUUAUGCAACUAAGCUUGAUGUCACCAUUAUAGCAAUCAGCUCGGUUUCUGCUAUCAUUGCUGGAGCCUUGAAUCCACUUCUUACGGUAAUCUAUGGCCAACUAGUGGGAACGUUUCAGGACUUCAGCAAUGGUAUAAUAUCUAGCUCUUCUCUAAGGUCCAGCAUCUCCAGAUUUACGGUUUACUUCGUCUAUCUUGCCAUUGGCGAAUUUUUCUUCGUUUACAUUUCCACAGUUGGCUUCUUCUAUACGGGAGAACGUUUGACACAGCGCCUUCGUCGUGCGUAUCUCAGAUCUGUUAUUCGUCAAAACCUGGCAUUCUUUGAUAUCCUCGGGGCGGGGGAGGUCGCAACACGUAUCACUUCUGAUAUGAACCUCAUACAAGAAGGGAUCUCUGGUAAAAUAUCACUUACCUUAACCGCGGCGGCAACCUUUUCUACAGCAUUCAUCAUCGCAUAUGUCAAGUAUUGGAAGCUUGCUUUGGUUCUCACUAGUUCGGUCGCGGUGAUCGCAGCUACCAAUGCCAUUGGCAUGAAACUAGCGGUGCGUUAUAGCAAGAUUAGCUUGGAAAAUUAUAGCACGGCCGCUGUGAUAGCGGAGGAGGCUAUAUCCUCCAUCAAACACGUUACAGCAUUUGGAAUCCAGGAACCUCUCGCCAAACGCUACUUCUCUUACUUGCUGUUUGCCGAGAAGGCUGGUAUUAAAGCUCGAGCGAUAGUCGCUAUUAUGACAGCAACGUUCAUGUGUGUCAUGCACUUGACUUACGGCUUAUCCCUUUGGCAAGGUUCGCGGUUCCAGGUCGCUGGUGAAGUCCCAAGCUCUAAUAUCAUCACAAUUACGAUGGCCAUCGUUAUUGGAGCCCUGGCUGUGGGAAAGGUUGCCCCCAAUGCACAAGCUUUUAUUUCUAGCAUUGCCGGGGCAAGUAAAGUCCUUAGUACCAUUUCGCGAGGAUCGCCUAUUGAUCCACUGAGCACGGAUGGCGGUACAAUUCCAGAUGACGCGGUUAAAGGCGAUAUUAUGCUCCAGGGGGUCAGCCUAGUAUACCCAAAUAGGGCAGAUGUAACAGUCCUGAGGGAUGUUAAUCUACAUUUACCGGCAACCCAAACAACAGCGCUUGUGGGGGCGAGCGGCUGCGGUAAAAGCAGCAUAGUUGCCUUGAUUGAACGGUUCUGUGAGCCCGUGAAGGGUAAAAUCUUGCUGGAUGGCCAGGAUAUCAGGUUACUCAACGUACGCUGGUUACGCCAGCAAAUAUCCCUAGUCGGACAAGAACCAAUCCUGUUCUCAACUACAAUAUUUGAUAAUAUUCGACACGGCCUCGUAGGAGCGCCGGCCACACCCUCUGCCCUGACGGAUGAAGAAAUCUACUCGCAAGUUAUUUCAGCAUCCAAAGGUGCCAACGCUCACAGCUUCAUUUUGGACUUGCCAAAUGGUUAUCAAACUGAGGUUGGUGAAGGCGGGCUGCAGUUAUCAGGAGGCCAGAGACAGCGUAUAGCUAUCGCAAGAGCUUUGAUUUCAAAUCCGAAAAUCUUACUUCUAGACGAAGCUACGAGUGCUCUAGACUCUAGAGCGGAAAAAGAAGUCCAAAAUGCCCUUGAAACAGCUGCAAAGGGCCGAACUACCUUAAUAAUCGCCCAUCGAUUGUCAACUAUCCGCAAGGCUGAUAGAAUUGUGGUUCUUGGAAAGGAAGGGCGAAUACUGGAAGUGGGAAGCCAUGAAACACUGAUGGACUUGAAUGGGAUAUAUAAAGACCUGGUCGAGAAACAGCAUUCAAGUUCCCAAGAUCGUGAUGUUGUGGAGUCCAAGAAUAAUGAGGAAGUGCAAAAUAAUGAUGAGAAACGGCAUCCACCAGCCAGCGGGCACUCAAUGGUGCAAGGAAAACGCAGCAAAGAUGGGAAUAACGAGAACGGCGAGACAUCUGAACAGGCAGAGAAUGCAAACACAUAUACUCUUUGGGCUCUUGCAAAGGUGGUAUGGAAAUUGAACCAUCCAGAGGCAAUAUACAUGAUUGUCGGCCUCGUCUGCGCUGCAGUUGCCGGCUUAGUUAACCCAGUCCAGUCCAUUCUCUUUGCAAACUCAAUAGAGACUCUCUCUCUACUUCCACCCUUUUACGAUCGCCUCCGUCAACGUAUUGGCUUUUGGGCCUCUAUGUAUCUGGUACUGGGACUUGUUGCAUUCCUCGCUUGGGUAGGCCAAGGCAUCAGUUUCUCUCUAUCCUCUGAGCGCCUCAGCCUGCGUGCUCGCAAUCUCUCCUUUCGCUCGAUUCUUCGCCAGCAGGUUUCCUUCUUCCAUGAAAAACAGCAUUCCACGGGUGCACUUGUAGCCCUUCUCUCGACUAAGGCUACCCAGCUUGCCGGACUCUCGGGUGCUGUUCUCGGCACUAUCCUCACUGCCUUUGCAACCUUGGGUGGAGGUAUUAUCCUCUCUCUGGUUAUCGGUUGGAAACUAGCACUUGUCUGUACGGCAACAAUUCCUGUUGUGCUUGGCUGCGGAUGGGCACGUCUCCGUAUGCUAGCGCUUUUUGAGGCCAAAGUUCGCAAGGCUCAUGAAGAUUCCGCAAAUUAUGCAGCUGAAGCUAUAACUGCUAUCCGCACUGUUGCAUCUCUCUCACUUGAGGACCAUGUACUUGCACAUUAUGCAUCAAUCCUUGCUACCACAAGCUCUAGAUCCCUAAAGAGUAUUCUUAAAGCAAGUACGCUUUACGCCGCAAGUCAGAGUGGUGUAUUCUUAGUAGCGGCUUUGGGGUUUUGGUAUGGUGGUGAACUAAUCUCAACCCAUGAAUAUUCAAUGCUGCAAUUCUUUAUUUGUUUUGCAGCGCUAAUAUCAGGAUCACAGUCUGUCGGCGCGGUGUUCUCAUUCGCCCCUGAUAUUUCCAAGGCAACAAAUGCGGCUGGAGAGCUAAAGGCUUUAUUUGACAGAAUCCCAGAUAUUGAUACCACCAUGCCCACAGGAACAAGAAUCCAGAGCUGUCAAGGGUUGAUAGAAAUCAGGGACGUUACCUUUCGCUAUCCGUCUAGGCCUGGGCAACUGGUUUUGGAUAACUUAACCUUGACUGUGAGGCCUGGCUGCUUUGUGGCUCUUGUUGGCCCCAGUGGUUGUGGCAAGAGUACCGUCAUCUCGCUCCUGGAGCGCUUCUUCGACCCCAGCACCGGACAGAUCCUCGUGGACAGCCAGGACAUCUCUACACUAAACGUCAAUGACUACCGACGUCUAAUAUCCCUCGUUAGUCAGGAGCCAACAGUAUACCAGGGCUCCAUCCGAGAUAAUAUUGUUCUAGGGUCUAGUGAAGAUGUCGAAGACGAUGCAAUCAUCCGGGUCUGCAAGGAGGCGAACAUCUACGAAUUUAUCAUGUCUCUCCCGGAUGGUUUCUCGACUAUAGUCGGCUCUCGAGGUACUCUUCUCUCCGGUGGCCAAAAGCAACGCCUAGCUAUCGCGCGUGCACUGCUUCGAAACACCAAAAUCCUCCUGCUAGACGAAGCAACGAGUGCCCUGGAUGCUGACAGCGAGAAAGUUGUUCAGGAGGCAUUGAACGCAGCUCGCAAAGGGAGGACGACCCUCUGCGUAGCCCAUCGGCUUACAACGAUAAGAGAUGCUGACGAGAUUUACUUUUUAGAUCAAGGCAGAGUCAUUGAAAGAGGGAGCCAUGAGGAAUUAAUGUUAAGGGGCGGACAAUAUGCUAACCUAGUACAAAUGCAGAGCUUAGAAGAGUAA